AAGCGUUUCCCAUAUUCUCUCCUCUCUCAAUUCUACUACAUAGUCUCUUCCUCUUCUGGUAUAAACAAUAAAUCUCAAGAACAACAAAUCGUUCUACAAAACUAUGAGUAAGCAGCCAGAGGUUCUGUGGGCACAGCGGUCAGACAAGGUUUACCUGACCAUUUCUCUGCCGGAUGCCAAGAACAUUUCUAUAAAAUGCGAGGCUGAAGGGAUUUUCGCCUUUUCUGCUGUUGGGGUCAAUGGUGGAGACUUUAAUUUCACUCUCCAACUCUAUGGGAAUAUUGUUCCUGAGAAAAAGUAGGUGUGAAGUAUGUGGAGACAACAUUGGGAAGUUGGCUUGUAACUUUUUGCAAAUUGAAAGGAACUCAUUUUUAAUGGGGCUUCUUCUCUGGAUUUAUUGCGAUAGCUGUAAGACAAAAAUUGGGUUAAGGAAUAUACUAUGCUCUAUUAAGAAAGAGCAAAAGGGAUGGUGGAAAAGAUUGUUGAAGUCUGAAGAAAAGCCUGCUCCAUACAUUAAGGUUGAUUGGAAUAAAUGGUGCGACGAGGACGAUGAAGAGUCGGACUCAAAUCUGGUUUCUGACGAUGACUGUGUGAAUGCCGGUGAAGAGGAUGAGAGCAGUGAUGAUGAAGGGAUGCUGUAUCUUCCCGACUUGGAGAAGGCUCGAGGAACUUAAUGAAGAUCGAAUUCGAUUACUAUGGAAAUUAACUUGCAUGGAGGUGAUACUAUGUUCUGCAUCGUAUGCAUCCUGGUUACCAAGCUUUCGGCUUUUUUCUUAUGGGGUUAUCGGUUAUCACCAUAAAUAUUUGUAUUAGACAUGCAAGAAUGCUGUAUUUUGAGCAGAAAAUCAGUACCAAGUUUUAUCUGUAACUGUCUACUCGUGCAAGUCUUCAGUCUACUACGAUCAGAGGUAAAAUGGAUCAAGCAGAUGGCGACUCAGAUUCUCCUUUCUUCACUAAUGAACAAGCUAUACCCAUCAAAAAACUAAUGAACAAGCUUUGUUUUGGACUA